AAUCGAGACUUCAGUUUUGUCGCAAUGGAGUUUAUCCCUUUUACCUUCCCUCCCCUUCAGAUCCCUCCGACCUCAGGCGGGAAAGUCGCGCGCCUGCGCACUAAGAAUCCCGUUCUGUUUAGGAUCGGAUGGCGGAGUGUCCCGUCCUCCUGAACCCGAGACCCGCGCUCGCUGAAAGGUUGUUUUGUGAUGGAGGCGUCUUUGGGGAUUCAAAUGGACGAGCCAAUGGCUUUUUCUCCUGUGUGCGACCAAUUUCAGGCUGAUGAUUCUAUAAAAAAAUGUGAGCAGAAUUUUAAGCUUUCAGGUGUUAAAAAAGACAUUGAGAAACUUUAUGAAGCUGUUCCACAGCUUAGUAGUGUGUUUAAAAUUAAGGACAAAAUUGGAGAAGGUACUUUCAGCUCAGUGUAUUUGGCCACAGCACAGUUACAAGUAGGACCUGAUGAAAAAAUUGCUCUCAAACACUUAAUUCCAACAAGUCAUCCCAUAAGAAUUGCAGCUGAGCUACAGUGUCUCACAGUGGCUGGGGGGCAAGACAAUGUCAUGGGAGUUAAAUACUGCUUUAGGAAAAAUGAUCAUGUGGUUAUUGCUAUGCCAUAUCUGGAGCAUGAGUCUUUUUUGGACAUUUUGAAUUCUCUUUCCUUUCAAGAAGUACGGGAAUAUAUGUUUAAUCUUUUCAAAGCUUUGAAACGCAUUCAUCAGUUUGGAAUUGUUCACCGUGAUGUUAAACCCAGUAACUUUUUAUAUAAUAGACGCCUAAAAAAGUACGCGUUGGUAGACUUUGGUUUGGCCCAAGGAACCCAUGAUACAAAAAUAGAGCUUCUCAAAUUGGUCCAGUCUGAAGCUGAGCAAGAAUGUUGUCCACAAAACAAGUCUCACAUAGUCAUUGGAGGCAAGAUCUCAUUGAGUGGCCCAGCAUAUAAGGAGCAGAAUCUGCACACUACCAUGAAAAAUAAGGAGCAGAAUCUGCACUCUACCACGAAAAAUAAGGAGCAGAAUCUGCACUCUACCAUGAAAAAUAAGGAGCAGAAUCUACACUCUACCACGAAAACUUCUGUCAAAAGACCCUACACAAAUACACAAAUUCAGAUUAAACAAGGAAAAGAUGGAAAGGAGGGAUCUGUAGGCCUUUCUGCCCAGCGCUCUGUUUUUGGAGAAAGAAAUUUCAAUAUACACAGCUCCAUUUCACAUGAGAGCCCUGCAGUGAAACUCAUAAAGCAGUCAAAGACUAUGGAUGUAAUAUCAAGAAAGUUAGCAACAAAAAAGAAGGCUAUUUCUACAAAAGUUAUGAAUAGUGGUGUGGUAAAGAAGACUGUCAGCUCUUGCCCAGCCAGCCUGACCUGUGACUGCUAUGCAACAGAUAAAGUUUGCAGUAUUUGCCUUUCAAGGCGUCAGCAAGUUGCCCCUAGGGCAGGUACACCAGGAUUCAGAGCACCAGAGGUCUUGACAAAAUGCCCGAAUCAGUCUACAGCAAUUGACAUGUGGUCUGCAGGUGUCAUUUUCCUUUCUCUGCUAAGUGGGCGAUAUCCAUUUUAUAAAGCAAGUGAUGAUUUAACUGCUUUGGCUCAAAUUAUGACAAUUCGAGGAUCCAGGGAAACUAUCCAGGCUGCUAAAACUUUUGGUAAAUCAAUACUAUGUAGCAAAGAAGUCCCAGCUCAAAACUUGAGGAAACUCUGUGAGAGACUCAGGAGUCAAGGGUCUGACACUCCCAAAUUAGCAAGUGAUAUCCAGAGAUGUCCUUCUCAUGAUUCAACUUUUUCAGAUAAGACUGACCAUAAAGCUUCUUACGUCAUUCAAAGAUCUCAAGUACAACCCUCAAGAGAUUCAUUAUAUAAAGGAGAUAAUGGGUGUGAGAAACAUUUUAAUGAGAAUAAGACCAGUGUAGAAGGCUGGGAUGAGGUACCUGAUGAAGCUUAUGAUCUUCUGGAUAAACUUCUAGAUCUAAAUCCAGCUUCAAGAAUAACAGCAGAAGAAGCUUUGUUACAUCCAUUUUUUAAAGAUAUGAGCUUGUGAUGAUGGUUCUUCAUUUAAUGUUUGUUUGUUUGAUGUAUAAACAAUAGAAAUUUAUUUGGCUCACAGUUUUGGAAGUUGGGAAGUCCAAGAGCGUGGUACUCAUCACAGCUGGCAAGGCUCAUCCAUAGCAGAAGGCAGAAGGACAGGGUAGCACAUGAGACAGAGAUUCAUUUAAUGAUAUUGUAUAUAGAGAGGCAGAGUGAAAGAGUCCUUUGUAAUAGCCAUAAAUUCUUAUUUAAAGAAUAAGGAAGGGUGAAUGUUUUAAAAUCUUAGUAUUUGUCCUGGUGACAGACUGUAAAAUAUAGAUUUAAAAUUACUUGAAAUGCCUCAAAGAGUUCUUUCAGCUAACUACAUGACAUGGAGUUGAAGUCAACCAAGUAGAAUCAGAUCUUUAGCCAUAGGCAAAAGAGGGAACAAUUUUACUUUGGGCCAUGGGUUCAAGUUAUCAGGUUAAUGUAUGUGAUAGGGGUUAAAUGAGUCAGAAAACUUAGUUUCCUGCUGCCUUAAGGUAUGAGCCACCUUUGAAAAAUUCAUACUGAUGCUAAUACUCAAAAUUCUUUUCAAGUUAAAUAAUAACUUCUUCUGGAGAUACACAUGCCUUUUAUAAACAGGAAAUGUUUGUGGGGCAAAAUAUCACUUGAAAUUGUAUUUAAUUUAUUCAUUUAAAAAAUACUUCGUGAAACACUUUUUUCAUUAAUUGUCAUGUUUUCUUUCUUUCUUUUUUUCCCCCUUCUCUGCCCCUACCUAACAUUCUCCUUGGAAUUGAUAUGGUACCAUAAAUUUCUGGGUGCUUUACUAAGUGUAAUGUGUUUACAGUUGAGAAUUUAAAAUAAUAAGACACACUAGUUGAUAAAGGGAAGCAUUCAAGAGCAAGGUGAAUAUUAUUUAUGUUUCCCACAAUAUCUUAGCUAUAAUUAGGUAACUGCUAAAGGGAAAAGUGAACAUAGAGUUAAGAACUUUACUGGUGAUACUUUUUACCUAGAGCCAUUCAGAUUUCUACAGCUGUUUUAACUUAAAUGGUUUGGGAAGACAUAAAUGAAGGAUGCAGAGUAGAAAAGGACCUAGUGUAGAAGUUGAUGUUAUUGACAUUCCAAAAUGGUCCAUGACAGUAUAUCACACUUCUAUGCAAAGUAAGUCUGAGAGAAGUUUCUCACUUAGCAGUUAAAGACUAUAAACAUUGACUUUGUUAUUUUGAGCCUUGAUAUGUCAGUAUGCCUACCUAAUGUUUGGUAAUUGUAAUUUAAUAUGUGUGUGCAUGUGCACAAUUGCCAUUGAUUUGAUGUCUUAUGCUGUAAUUUUUUAAAAAUUUUGAAUGUUCUCUAAUUUGUAUGUUUAAUAAAAUUAUAUGUCAACUAUUCAUUUAAAAAAUGAUAA